ACGGUGGUAAAGGCGGAAAAGUUAAAGGCAAGUCCAAGUCCCGCUCCUCCAGGGCAGGUCUGCAGUUCCCAGUGGGUCGUAUUCACCGUCUGCUGAGAAAAGGCAACUAUGCUGAACGUGUCGGUGCUGGCGCACCCGUGUACCUGGCUGCUGUGCUGGAGUACCUAGCCGCUGAGGUCCUGGAGUUGGCCGGCAAUGCUGCCCGCGACAACAAGAAAACCAGAAUCAUCCCUCGUCACCUUCAGCUUGCCAUCCGCAAUGACGAGGAGUUGAACAAGCUCCUGUCUGGUGUCACCAUCGCCCAGGGUGGUGUGCUGCCUAACAUCCAGGCUGUGCUCCUGCCCAAGAAGUCGCAGAAAGCCCCCGGAAAAAGCUAA